AUGCUAUUGGCAAAGUUCUGGAAGAGAGAAGAAAUACCACGAAAGCAAGACUUUAUCAACAAAAUCACAGAAGUAGCUGAAAUGGACCAUUUAACGCAAAAACUCCAUGGAAAAGAUGAUGAAGUCUUUCAAAAAACCAAACUGUAUAAUUGUCACAAUAUUCUCCUGUAUGAAGAUGGCCAUGCUGUUGUAGCUGAUUUUGGAGAAUCCAGAUUUCUGCAGUCUUUGGAUGAAGACAAUAUGACAAAACAACCUGGGAACUUGCGUUGGAUGGCCCCUGAAGUAUUCACACAGUGUACUCGGUACACUGUAAAAGCCGAUGUUUUCAGCUACGCUUUGUGUCUCUGGGAACUAUUAACAGGGGAAAUUCCAUUUGCUCACCUCAAACCAGCUGCUGCAGCAGCCGAUAUGGCAUACCAUCACAUCAGGCCUCCCAUAGGCUACUCAAUUCCCAAGCCCAUAUCAUCAUUAUUAAUGAGGGGCUGGAAUGCUUGUCCAGAGGGAAGACCAGAAUUUUCUGAAGUGGUCUCCAAAUUAGAAGAAUGUCUAUGCAAUAUUGAGCUAAUGUCUCCAGCCUCCAGCAACAGCAGUGGUUCUCUUUCUCCUUCUUCUUCGUCGGAUUGCCUGGUUGCUCGAGGGUGCCCUGGUCGUAGCCAUGUUGCUGCUUUGCGUAGCCGCUUUGAGUUGGAAUACGCCUUGAAUGCCAGAGCUUAUGCUGUCUGGUCUCAAAGCACUGGGCAACAUCCUUCACAGGGCCUUUCAAUGGAAGAGAUGAGGAGAAAUUUUCAGUAUCCACCUAUUGACAGAAAUGGUUAUGUGUCGGAUCCCAUGAGUACGAUGCGAUUUCAUUCCUGCAGCAACAGCGGCAGCUUUGAAGACAGCGGCUGACAGCAGGAACGAUCUACCUGUAGAGAGAUGCUCCACGAACUGGCAGCCACAAUUCUUUCUGUGUCACUGCAGCCCCCAGUCAUUGUACAUUACUUCAAAAAGCCCUACUGUUGGCAUACUUAUUUACUGAUCACCAAUGCUUCUGCCAUAAAUUAUUCCUCAACUGAUUCUUUCUAUACUCAUAACAUAAAGAAGGAGAGGA